GGUACCUACCUAUCGUUAAAGUGUAUUUGAAGGAAUAUUAAUAUAGAUAAGAUUGCACUUAUUUUUUUGCGGUUUAUGUACUUUUACACAUUUUCAGUGGUUUGACAUCGGUUAUUUUGCCGUAAUGGAUAACCGGCGCAAAUUCUCUAGUAAUAAUGAUAAGGAUCGUGAAGACGUACCAGUUUAUUCACGACUCUUUAUAGUUUGCGAUCGCGACCUGAAGGAUGAACACUUCAGGGAGUCGUUUUCUCAAUUUGGUACCAUAGAGGAUAUACGUAUACCUUGUGACCACAAUACAGGCAAACCCAAAGGAGUUGUGUUUAUAAAGUAUUCGAAAACCUCCGAAGCCGCUAAAGCUUUGGAGGCUAUGAAUUCCAAGGUUCUUAAAAAUUCCAGUCGCCCUCUUAAGGUAAUGGUGGCUGCGAACAGAUCAGACAUCCAGUCUGACAAUUAUAGUAAUGAUAAAUACAGGAGGUUAUUCUUACAUAUCCCCAAAGAUAUGGAGGAGGAUGUGCUUGAAGAACAUUUCAAAAACUUUGGUUACAUUGAAGAUGUACUAAUACAAAGGGACAGGAAUACCAAAGAGUCAAAAGGGUUUGCUUAUAUAAAAUAUAGAAAGUUUUCAGAAGCAGCCCUCGCUUAUGAGGAGUGCGAAAGGAAAUUCAGGGCUAUCUUUGCUCAACCCAAAGGGCAUAACAAACGUCAAGAAACCACCUUUGAGACUAACAUUAAUAAUCUAGCAUCAUCUACUGCUAAUCAAAAUACCUCUCUUAUUUCUGCUAUGAAUGUGAGCCCAAGGGGUUUUACACGUGUUAACUUUAUGUGUAGUCCAUAUUUAACACAAAUGCACAUAGAAACACUUUUUGAUAUAAUACCUGGUAUGGUAGAUUGCCGCUACUUUGUAGAUUUGAUUAAAAAUUAUGGCAAAGGGUCAGCACAAUUCUCAAAUCCAGUUUCAGCAGCUUAUGCUGUUGAAAAGUUAAAUGAAUUUGAAUACCCACCUGGCCAAAGGAUCUUUGUCAGGCCAGCAAAUACACAAUUUGAUGCUCACGAAAAGAAUUUCACUGACAUACCAAAUGCUGUACAUAACCUAAGAAAUGCAAUAGAAUCAACUUCAAAAAGUUCUUCACCAGAUCUAGCACAAUUGGCUCAAGCUAUAGCAGAGGCCUCAAAAUUGAUUAAAAUAGCUACAACUGGAGUUUCCAGUGAUAGCAUACCUGAUAGCAAUGAUUUGAACUAUUGCAGUGUCCAACUGCCCCCAACACAACCAUUAGCUGACAUAGAUAGUACAGUUGCUAAAAGAUGUUUCCUGGUGUGUAAACCUCAGCCACCUCCCUUAACUGUCUUGAGAGAUAUCUUUUGUAGAUUUGGCAGCCUUAUAAAUGUUUACACUCUACCUAACAAAACUGUAGGUUAUGCACGCUAUGCAACUACUGAAGCUGCAGAUGAGGCAAUCCGUGUCUUACACGGUGCAGAAAUAUGUGGUGUCCGCAUAAAAGUACUAGAAGCAGAGGCUGAAGCCCCUGCUAAGAGAAAGAGAUAUGAUUGACAUGGGACCGACAGGACAAUUUCCUUUAAAACCUAAAUGUAGACUUACAGACUUUUAUUCUUGAACUUGUUAUAUGGAAAUAAUAAAUAUUUUACCUACAAACAGACAAUAUUCUUUACGCAGCCUAUAAAAUAAUCUACAAAUUACGACUCAACAUAAGACUGACAUUUCAAUGAUAAAUUUUAGUCCAAAUGAGUAGUUUAUUUUAUAGUACCCUCCCUUACAUUAACAUAAACAACAUCCUUCACAAUCUUGAAAUAUACUGACAACUGAAUAAAGGUCCAUGUCAUGAAAAAAAUUAAACUGACAAAUUAUUUUAAUUAACAAAUUUAUUCAUCUUAACUUAAAUCAAUACAUUAUUGCAUACACAGCCUUAUUGCUUGAUGAUGACAGAAUAAUUGACAGGUAGAAAUAUGAUGUUAACACUCUUAAAAAACUGGUCUUUCUAUUUAUAUAAAAUGCUGUUAAUUAUUUUAAAAUACAGAGUCAGAUAAUUUGGUAUAUGCUACUGCAAGUAAAA